UGACAUCACAUCCUCGUGUCGCGGUUUUGUCAUGCCCAUUGACUGCGACUCUCCAGCUCUUCCGGUAUAUUCUUCAAGGCGGAGUGACUGCUGUCCGGGGUGCUGAAACUGCAGCAUAACGUUGGGACUACAAUUCGCUGGACUAUUCGAGACACAUGUACAGGUCAUAGCCUAGCCAGAAGAUUAGAGUCGAGCCAAGUCAGUUGGACCUGGCUGCAGUGCAAAAAUAUGAGUCAGGAGCCGCAUAAGGUCAGGGAGUGAUGGACAGGCAGCGCGAGGGUACGUUUAACGGGGCGGCGUGUAACGGAGCCCUGGAGCGGAGGUCCAUGGUGCUGGUUUCGGAGGUGCACGGCCAGCAGAUUCUCAGCGUGCUGCGAGGUUUCAGGGAGAGGAGCCUCCUCUUUGACUUCAGCAUCCUGGUGAGAGGCGAGACCAUCCAGUGCCACCGCUGUGUGCUAGCAGCCUGCAGCGACUUCUUCAGGGCCAUGUUCGAGGUCAACAUGAGAGAACGUGAUGAUGGGAGUGUCACCAUGAGUCACCUGUCUCCUAAAGCCAUCCGGGCCUUUCUGGACUUUGCUUACUCGGGUGAAACGGAGAUCACGGAGGACAACGUGGACAUGUUCUUCCAACUUUCCUCCUUCCUGCAGGUCUCCAUUCUCUCAAAAGCCUGCAGUGACUUCCUCAUCGAGACUCUGGACCUGUCCAACUGCCUGCAGCUGCUGGCCAUCGCCGAAGGCUAUGGCUCCACGCGCCUCCACCAGCACGCCAUGGAGUUCAUCGUCCAGAACUUCCACAGCCUCUCCAAGACUUCGGACUUCCUGGAGAUGACUGUCAGCGUUCUGGAAAAGUGCCUGGGGGCUGACGAGCUCAACGUCCCGGACGAGGAGUCCGUGUUGAGGGCGCUCCUCCGGUGGGCCGAUCAUGAGCCGGAGGGCCGGCGGCGGCUGCUGCCCGACCUCCUCCUGCUGGUUCGGCUGCACCAGCUGCCAAUGGCCAUCCUGGAGGAGGUGAGCCAGUCCGAGGGCCCACUGUCCGACGACGGGGACUGUGCCAAGACGGUCAAGGGUGCCAUUGCCAACCUGCGGGAGUUCAGCGGCUUCUUCCUGGACGCCAGGCCCUCCACCACCGACUGCUACAUCUACGUGCACAAGACGGAAGAGAACGGCGAGAUCCGCCACACCUUCUGCUACAACAUCGAGACGGACCGCUGGAAGGAGCUCCCGCAGGCCCUGAUCACGGACCCCCCGGGCUCCAGCCUGGCCGGGUUCGGGGAGAGCCUGUUCCUCACGGGCGGCUGCAGGGGAAACUGCUGCCGGGCGGUGCGGCUGCACAUCGCCGAGCCCUUCCAUGACGCCACGGACGAGGCCUGGUGCUACUGCCCCGCGCAGAACAGCCUGACGCAAGUGCCGACGAUGAAGAAGCCCCGCACCAUGCACACCUCGGUCACAGCCCUCCGCCGCAUCUACGUCAUCGGGGGCAAGACCAGGGGCCCCCGGAGCAUCCGCAGCCUGCUGGACGUGGAGUACUAUGACCCCCUGUCCAGGGACUGGAGGUCUGUCAGCCCCCUCCCCAGGGGCAUCUACUACCCCGAGGCCAGCGCCUGCAACGGCGUGAUCUACACGCUGGGGUCAGAGGUGGAGAUCUCCGACGUCUUCAACCCCUCCCUGGACUGCUUCUUCCAGUACAACGCCGUGACUGACCAGUGGUGCCAGCUGGUGGCGGAGUUCGGGCAGUUCUUCCACGCCACGCUCGUCAAAGCUGUGCCCGUCAACGACGUCCUGUACCUCUGCGACCUUUCCACAUACAAGGUUUACAGCUUCUGCCCGGAGACCUGCGUGUGGAAGGGAGAGGGGUCCUUCGAGUGUGCCGGCUUCAACGCGGGGGCCAUUGGCAUCUCCGACAAGAUCUACAUCCUGGGCGGGGACUACUCUCCGGAUGAAAUCACAGACGAGGUGCAGGUGUAUCACAGCAGCCGCUCGGAGUGGGAGGAGGUGUCACCCAUGCCCCGGGCACUGACGGAAUUCCACUGCCAGGUGAUGCGCUUCAACCGCGACAGGGACCCAUGGAAGGCUGACCAGUGAGAUUAACAGGACCAAAGCUGUAUCGUAUCCCUCCACAUCAAUGCUAUGAAUGCCAAUGUAAUGUGUCUUACUAACUAACCAGAUAAUCCCGUUUUGACUCCUUAGUCUUGACUCCAUACUUUAACCUACUACUGAAUGCGAGCUAAGCUAUGCUGAAGCAAACUUCCAAAAAAUUUAAAUGCCACAUGUUUUUACUUGAACUUUAUUUUAUUUUGCUGUCUUACAUAUCAGGCUUUGAAACCUGUUCCUGUUCAUAGACUUUUUGAGGAAAAAAGAAGAAAAGUGCAGAAUUUCAGAAAAGAAAAAUGCUUUUCCAAAUGAAUAUAUGGAAAGGAUAUUAGUUUUCAUAAAUUCUCUGAGGUAUUGAAGCUCAGCAGAGACAUAUGAACUUACAAAGCAAUCCUAGCUCUCUCAAUGCUGCAGAGACUGUGAGUUUGGCCUGUUGCCAUGGUCGCCUCCCUUGCCAAUCAUCUCAUGGCUCCUCCCACAGUGGAACAUGUACCAGCGCAGGCUUGAAGCCUUCGCUCUCACCUGUUUCCAUUACUAUCACAACAGACCCCAUACAACACUCAUAGGUAUAAUUUCAAUAGACAUCGUUUUAAAAUGUUGGUUUAUUUACAGUGUAUUGGAUUCAUUUAAGUUGGUUUGAUCUGUGUUUGUACUGUUUAUAGAUGUAUCACUCAAGAUUUACUCUUUGUCUCUGAGCACGUAUGCACUGAUAUAAGGAUACAUCUGAUUACUCUGGUGGAGUAUGCAGUAUGCUUUAGCGCUGUAUAUUAAUGUAUGUAAUGUUGCACAGCCCGUGGCAGUAGUUCUCAGUGCCUAUUGUAUUUAAUGCCUUUUGCAGCCUCAUAUGGGCGUCGUAUGGGCUCUCUUCUCUAUGUCACUCUGCCAAAGUCUCCCCAUACUAUACUUUACUGCUUGACAAUGUGGACACAUGUAUACAUUAAUGACACUCCAAUGACUUACGCUUUAUGGAAAAAGAAGCAUUUAAAUUUCAUCCUUCAUAUACUGUACAUGUCUAUACAUGGAUUUCUACAGGCACAAUAUCAUGUAUCAUUCAUAUGAUCACACUUGUUUUUAUCACCACUGCAAUAAAUGACAUAAAUUCACAUA